UUAAGCAAAAGGUUUCUUAGUAAUAUUUACUUGAAUCAUAGUGACAACUGACCUGCACCCACCGCCCCCCGCCGCCUCAUCCUUGGCAUAAAUUAAGUAGAAUUCUACACUUAUCGCAAAAGAGCAUUAAGAACCAGAACCACGUCGCUCUUAAGUCAUCGUAAAUACAGCACACGACUUAUCAACGCCGCACUUUCAAACCGAACGCGCUUGUGCUGACGUGGUGGCUGCAAUUAAUUUCCACGCUUUGAAUUAAUAAUCAAUUAUCACGAAAUAUGCUGACCAAGGCGCUAAUCCUGUUCGGCCUGCUGGCCCUGGCCCAAGGAUACAGCUUCACAUCCCGCGAGGUCAAGUGUCAUGUGUGCAAGGCCGUGGUGACGGAGCUGGAGGAGGCCAUUGCCAAGGAGGACUCCCACAAGAUGGCCGAUGUCAGUGGCUUCCGCCUGGAUGCCCAGGGAAACUCGAUCAGCAAGAAGGUGCGCCUGGUCAAGUCUGAGAUGUUCCUCACCGAACUGAUGGAGAAAAUCUGUGAAAAAAUGGACGACUACCUGAAGGCCACAUACAAGAGCAAUGGUAAAUUCACUCUCCUGAAGAUGAUCAUCAAUGGCCAGAUGAAUCCCGACUCCUCCCUGGUGGACUUUGUGCAAGAUGGUGACCUCAACAAAAGUCUGGGCCACUUCUGCAACGAGGUUCUGGAGGACAACGACGAGAUCUUCGUGAAGGCCUUCCAGGCCGAAGAGCUCGGCGACGAUCUGGACAUCAAGAUCUGCUCGGAGCAGGCCAGGUACUGCGAUGAAUCGCCCGUCCAGGAGGAGUACGACUUCGAUGGCAAGGAGGAGCUGUAGCUUGUCCCUGUGAUAGCCUAGUCAAUUAACGAAUUUCCUUGAUCGCCGCCAGUGCCGGUCUUUGUACUGAUCUUUCGAACGAAAAUUAUGUUUAGCUAAAGUAAAAGAAAACCACCAAGCCAAUUGUUAACAAGUAGAUACGACAAUAAAUUCCAUGUGCAAUGCCCCUUAAUACUUUA